AUGCGAGCCUCGUCCCAUUCAACCAGCCACGCUGCCGGCCACACUGCACUGCGAGCGUAUGGCGGUACCUCAGGUUUGGCGACAAACAGAAGUCGCUCGUACAACCUGGUCAACACCCACGUCCAGGCUGCAUGCACAGCUGCACCUCGCAACUCUGCUGGCAUCCCAACGGCCCAUCCAGACUGUGACCAAGCCGGUGAGGGCCGGGAUUCACAUGGCAAAUCUGAUCCGUCCAGGCUUCCAACCGGUGCACCGAAGGGCGAGUCGGAUCGCUCGCAUCGCCGCUUCUACAUGGCGCAGUACGAACGCAUCUACACGUACCGAACCAACCGAGCCGCUGCUGCACGCCACAACGCCACCAUCGGCCUCGUCGCCCUGCUCGCCCUCGUCGCCGUAGCUUCCGUCGUCUUCCUCUCGGUCACCGACUACGUCUACUGGCGCCAAGCACGCCCAAACAGCUUCCUCAACCAACUAGCCCCACAACCCAUCCGCAACGGCUCCUUGACAGGCAAAGGCAAAGGUGACACCAUGGCAUCGGUCGCAGGGUCCACGCUGGAUGAGUUCCUGGUGCAGGCCAAGCGCGAUGCAUUCGAGCACCUCAAGGCUGGCGCAGCCGCCAAGCAGAAGCUCACCCUCGUCAUGGGCAACGAGGCGGGCGAUCUCGACUCGGCAGCUUGUGCCAUCGGGCUCAGCUACCUGCUCUCCCGCUUCGGACCGCCGCAAGGCUACAAGCUCGGCGCGUCGUCGUACGUGCCCUUGAUACAAAGCAUGCAUUCGGACGACGUGCUGCGGCCCGAGAACACCGCCGCAUUCCGAGCAGCGGGCAUCGAUCCAGAGCACACCCUCUGCCUCGACGACAUCCAGCACACGCUCGGGCUUGCGCUCGACUCGGACGCAUUCGCACCCGCCGCCAACGUCGCGCUCGGCCUCGUGGAUCAUCCCUCGCUCACGGGGCCCUGGGGCGGCAGCGGCGCGUCGAACCGAGACGUCGAGAUCGUGCUGGAUCACCACGAGGAUGUAGGCGAUCACGCGGAUGCGCCGCUACGCAUCGUCAAGUCGCCCUCCAAACAGCCCGUCGGCAGCUGCAGCAGUAUGGUCGCCGACCUGUUUGCUGCGCACUUUGCACAGGCCAGCGCGACGGACGUGGCGAUGCACCAGGUGGCCGAUCUGCUCAUGAGCGCCAUCGUCAUCGAUACCGACAACCUCCGCGCCGCCCCACGCGGCAAGGCGACCCAGACCGACUUUGAUGCCGUCAAGACGCUCUUCCCGGCCUCGUCGUUUGGCAAUCCCGAGACGUCGCAGCGCAUCCGGGAAACGGCGCUGGCCUUCUCGCCGCUCAAGGACCAGGUGCACGGCGCGUCGGUGGAGCCCAUCCAGCCCGUCAGCCCGUCCGAGCACACCGACUCGGCGACGCAGAGCGCAAAGAUCAUCCUCGCGCCCUUCUGGAGCAUCCUCUCGCGCGCAAAGCAGGCAGUCGACCAUCUCGCCGGUCGCGAUCUGCUGCGCAGAGACUACAAGGAGCUCGACUUUGUCGGCGGCGCCGAAGAAUCGUCCUUGUCGCUCAAGCUCGGUUUUGCAUCCGUUCCCAUCAGCAUGGUCGAGUGGCUGCACAAGGACCGGCCCACCCCGCGCCUCGCCGAUGCGGCCGACCCGAAGCAGGAGGUGCGCGAUGCGUGGGCGGCGUGGUGGAAGGUGCUCGACGACUUUAUGGACGAGCGCAAGAUCGACAUUGCCGUCAUGACCGGCUCGUUCCGCGUGCCCGAGGGCGAGGUGGAUGCCGGAAAGCACAAGCGUGAACUUGUGCUGGCGUUUGCACCGCGCAGCUUGCGCGAGAGCCAGGCGUCGAUGCUGUGGCAAGAGCUGCGCCGCGGCCUCGAGACCGACGCGCAUGUGGCAGCUGACCAGGUCGACCGCCGCCUCAUGCUCGAAGAGCCCUGGAAGGGCCAGCGUCUGCCCGAAAGCGCAGGCGGCAAAAAGGAGAGGGUGCAGGGUGUCGACACCGACGGUCGCAGACUCGAGCUCGCCGCGCACGCACAGCCACGCUGGGCAAAGGUGUACAGACAGGCCAACGCGCGUGCCAACCGCAAGAUCGUGCUGCCCGCAGUGACCACGGUGCUCAAAGCGGCAGCGAGGAAGUUGGCAGUGCUCGCCAAGGCAGGCGUGCGCACUAGCGCGCUCGAACCGGCAUCGCGUGGGAACGUCAAGCUCGCCGCUCGUCGCUCAGCGUUCGGCGUGGGGGGCAAAGAGGGCGGGUGCCUUGCCACCAAGCUCGGCAUGCUGCAAGGAUGGAGCGACACAGGGAUGCUGAACAGGCAGCCGGAUUGGUGGAUAGCAGCCGAGUGUCGAGCCACGUUCAUGCGCUGUACCUUGACGUACAUCGCGUCCUGA